AUGUGGCCUGGUUUUAGUUUUUGUCAAAGCAUAUUGUUACUUAAUUAGGUAACCCCACGAUAAACUGAAGACGAGGUGAUCUCAGAUUGUCAAGCCUCUCGGCGUGAUCGGCCCCGACUUCCCAAAUCAGAACCAUACAAUUCGCCAGUAUCCUUUCCAUUUGCGUUUGCUGUGGUGAUGCUAUUGGUACAGUACUGUAAUUGCUCUCAUACUACGUAUAGCCUGAUUUACCACGGUGCCGCGGCAUGCUUAUGCGGCGCAAAAUGUACUCGGAGAAACUAGGUUUCCGGCUUUCGGCCUCAUGUCUGACGAAUUCGGAGCCAGCUCGACGCGAGGGAGAGGAAUGCUGGCCAACGGGCGCACACCUGCACUAUACGGUAAGCUUCGAGAAAAGCUUGAGUUUGCUACCGAGGCGGACAGUAAGAAAUGGGAUGCGAGGUCGGCUUGUUCGGCGCGAGAUAUGUUUACGUUUACGCCAUAUGAGUGGCUGUCGACAGAUCUACUUCCAUAUCUCUCACCACCCGGACCGGACGGAGGGUGAGCGAGGGAAGAUCAUGACGAGAUGGACACUGCGGGAAGAGGUGAUGACGAUGAUGGCUUCGACAGGUCGCAUUUGCUAUAAUGGGUGGCAGGAAGGUCGUGAACGAGCCAUUAAGCAGGGGGGGGGCUCUUUCUCUAGUAUGCCAAUAUUGUACAGAGCAGCUAUGGGGGAACAGAUUUGACAGAAGCUGAGAGCCGCCCGUGUAGUGGUUGGUACGGGAAGGAGUGUGAGUACUGGGGAAGGAGAGAGUGACUGCU